AUGGACCAUCUAAAGGAAAAGUUCCAUAAUGCCAAUCUCCACGAUGUAAAGGUCAAAGCAACCCAUUUAAAAAAUAAAGUCGGCAAGCUAGAGAACCUGUUCAACCCAAACCAUCGUCAUGACGAGGCCCACGAGCAGGAAACGGACCGCAAGCGCACUGCCAUUUCUGAAUCGCACAGGUUUGGCUCCUUUGCGCCUGAGCGGGACAGGAAUUGCGUGAAAUGGUAUGUCGACGCUUCCGACUACUUCUGGGCCGUUUCUGAAGCCCUUGAUCGCGCCCAGGAGACCAUCUACAUUGCCGAUUGGUGGCUGUCCCCAGAGUUGUUCAUGCGGCGACCACCGUAUUUUAAUCAGGAAUGGAGAUUGGAUCAGAUUCUAAAACGACGUGCCGAGGCUGGCGUGAAGAUUUAUGUUAUUGUGUACAAAGAAGUCGAGCAAGCGAUUACCUGCAAUUCCGCACAUACCAAGCAUGCCUUACGAGACCUAUGUCCAGAGGGUACAAAAGGUGCUGGGAACAUCCAUGUUCUUCGGCAUCCAGACCACAACAUGUUUGAAAACAUGGGCGAUAUGACUUUCUACUGGGCCCACCAUGAAAAAUUCAUUGUCAUAGAUUACGCUAUGGCGUUCAUUGGGGGUAUUGAUCUCUGCUUUGGCAGAUGGGACAAUCAUCAACAUCCACUUGCCGACGUCCACCCCGCUGGCGUCCAGAACGAGAUAUUCCCUGGCCAGGACUUCAAUAACAACCGUAUUAUGGAUUUCCAAAGCGUCGCAGACUGGCAGAACAACGAGCUCAACAAAACUGAUUACGGACGUAUGCCCUGGCACGAUGUUGCAAUGGGCUUGAUCGGUGACUGUGUCUACGAUAUCGCUGAGCACUUUGUCUUGCGAUGGAAUUGCGUGAAGCGAGACAAGUACAAACGUAAUGAUAAGGUUGACUGGUUGGUACUCGAAGGCCGUACAGGAGAUGACGAGAGUCUAGUAGGCGUACAACGGCCAAAGUAUCCUUGCGGGGAGUAUAUUCAGCAUCCAUUGACGCCAUUGAGCACAAAACCCCGUGGAGAUCAGGGGACCGUCCAUGCUCAGAUUGUCAGAAGUAGCGGAGACUGGUCUUCUGGUAUUUUAACCGAGCAUAGUAUUCAGAAUGCCUAUUCGGAGAUCAUUCGGAACGCUCAGUAUUAUGUUUAUAUCGAAAACCAAUUCUUUGUUACUGCGACCGGUGAUAAGCAAAAUCCAGUGGAAAAUACAAUCGGCCGUGCCAUUGUUGAUGCAGUGGUUCGCGCUGGCAAAGAGGGUCGAAAGUUUAGAGUGAUCAUAAUCAUCCCAGCAAUCCCUGGAUUUGCAGGAGAUCUUCGUCAGAACGCUGCAGCGGGUACUCGUGCGAUUAUGGAUUACCAGUACAAGUCAAUCCUGCGAGGCGAAAAUUCCAUUUUUGGACAGAUCAAAGCACAGGGCGUGGAUCCGACAGCAGAGCAUAUUUUCUUCUUCAAUCUUCGUUCAUACGACCGCAUCAACAAAACUGAGAAAUUAGUAGAGCAAGAAGAAAAGUCAGGUGUCCGAUACCAAGAUAUACAACGCGCCGAGGCGGAGGAGAUUAUGAGUGAAAGUGUUCAUCCGAGUAUUGGAAAGGAGGGGGACAAAAAAGAGAAAGAUUAUUCUAACGAAAGUUCCGAUCCAGCAAAGGUAGAGAAAAGGGUUGAUCAGUUGCGGAGAUUUGAAGAGCAACGUGAGAGCACCUACGAUGGAGAUAUGAAAGUCAAGAGCAGGGACUCAAUUGCAAGAGAUGCUAUGCUUAAUGAGCCCAAGGUCAGCGAGGAGAAGUGGGAAAGCGCCGAUCCAGAAAAAGAGAAAGAAAAUUUCAUCCAGGAAGAGCUAUAUGUCCAUGGAAAGAUCUGCAUUGUUGAUGAUCGAAUCGUCAUAUGCGGAAGUGCCAACAUCAACGACCGGUCCCAACUCGGCGACCGCGAUAGCGAACUGGCCAUUGUCCUCGAAGAUACCGAUAUGAUUGACAGCACCAUGAACGGCCAACCAUACCGCGCUGCACGUCUCGCAACAAAUCUCCGCCGCCACCUUUGGCGUGAACAUCUCGGCCUACUCUUGCCUCAAGAAUUUGACGCAACUCACAAUCCCAACGCACAGCCCCCUGGCGACUGUCCCAACAAUGACGAGGAGAGCCCCGAACAUGAAGUCGUCCGCGAUCCACUGGACGAAGAGCUAUGGGAAACAUGGAAAAAGCAAGCUACAAAUAACACAGAUGUGUUCAGAUUUUUAUUCCGCGCAGACCCUGAUGACAACAUCAAAACCUUUGAGCAGUAUGACGAAUUUGCUCCGAGAAAGACUGUUAAACAGGGACAUCUCCACGACCCCUUCUUGCCUGUGAGCCUGGUUCGCGAGAGCCUUGAUAAGAUCAAGGGACAUUUAGUUUGGAUGCCCAUGGAUUUCCUGAAGGAUGCAGAGAUGGCAGAGCCUGGUCUGUCCGUCAACCAAAUUACUGUGGUAAGUAGUUCUUUUACCUAA